AUGGAGAGUCUGAGUGAGCUACAGAACCCGCUGCUGCCUCGGAACCCCGCGCACCUCCAUGGCCCCUACCCCUACCCCGAGUCUUCUCCCGCCUGGCCGUGCCGGGAGAAGAUCUACUCCUACCUCCUGGGUGGUGCUGGCCCUGCUCACGCCCACCAGCUCCUGGACCCAGGCUCGCUGCAGCUGGCCGUGGAGGCCUGGUACAGGCCCAAUUGCCUCCUGGGGAGGGACAAGGUCAAGGAGUCCAGAGCAGGCAGCUGUGAGACCAGCUUCACAGAGAGCAGGGAGCCCCCGGCUGGGCCUACAGAGCGGUCCACAGAAUCCGGCCAAGCGGAAGAGGAUGUCACCAUCCAGACUGUGUCCUACGGGGUUCAAGAGGAGCUCCAAGGCCAAGAGGAUGACCAGGAGGAGGAGGAGGAGGAGAGUGAUGCAACCUCGACAGAGAGUGAAAGUGAAGACAACUUCCUUACGCUGCCUCCCAGGGACCACCUGGGUCUCACGAUCUUCUCCAUGCUCUGCUGCUUCUGGCCACUGGGCAUCGCCGCCUUCUACUUCUCCCAGGGGACCAGCAAGGCCAUCUCCAAGGGGGACUUCCGCCUGGCCAGCACCACCUCCCGCCGGGCCCUCUUCCUGGCCACACUCUCCAUCGCUGUGGGGGCUGGUCUCUAUGUGGCCGUGGUGGUGGCCCUGGCGGCUUACAUGUCCCAGAAUGGCCACAGCUAG